CUGAGGAGAGAGCCCGCGGGCGGGCAGGCGGGCCGCGGGAGGCGUUCGGGCGGAGGCGGCGGCAGCGGCGGCAGCGGGUCCUAGAACAGCGCCGCAGCGCGCCGCCGGCUCCGACAGGCCGGCCAGGCUCCGCAGCCCGCCGCAGCCGCCGCCUCGCCGCUGAGGGCCCGAGAGUGCGGCGGCGGCGCGCGGCCUGUGAGGGCGGCGGGCGCGGCGCCGAGCGUCCUGUCAGGCGGCGGAGGGCGUCGCGGACCCGCGUCGCGAUGAUGCCGAUGAUAUUAACUGUGUUCUUGAGCAACAAUGAACAAAUUUUAACGGAAGUUCCCAUAACACCAGAAACAACGUGUCGAGAUGUUGUGGAAUUUUGCAAAGAACCUGGAGAAGGUGGUUGCCAUUUAGCCGAAGUGUGGAGGGGAAACGAGCGCCCCAUACCCUUCGAUCAUAUGAUGUACGAGCAUCUGCAGAAGUGGGGGCCACGAAGGGAAGAAGUGAAAUUUUUUCUUCGCCAUGAGGAUUCCCCAACUGAGAGCAGUGAACAAGGUGGCCGUCAGACCCAAGAGCAAAGGACCCAGAGAAAUGUAAUAAAUGUACCUGGAGAAAAACGUACUGAAAAUGGGGUUGGGCAUCCGCGUGUUGAGCUGACCCUCUCGGAGCUCCAGGAUAUGGCAGCCAGGCAGCAACAGCAGAUUGAGAAUCAGCAGCAGAUGUUGGUUGCCAAGGAGCAGCGUCUGCAUUUCCUGAAGCAGCAGGAGCGCCAUCAGCAGCAGUCUGUUUCUGAAAACGAGAAGCUCCAGAAACUGAAGGAGCGCGUGGAGGCCCAGGAGAAUAAACUGAAGAAGAUCCGUGCCAUGAGAGGGCAGGUGGACUACAGCAAGCUCAUGAACGGCAGCCUGUCUGCUGAGAUAGAGAGAUUCAGCGCCAUGUUCCAGGAGAAGAAGCAGGAGGUGCAGACGGCAAUUCUGCGAGUCGACCAGCUCAGCCAGCAGCUGGAGGACCUGAAGAAGGGAAAGCUGAACGGGUUCCAGCCCUACAAUGGCAAGCUGGCGGGGCCGGCGGCUGUGGAGUUAAAGAGGCUGUACCAGGAGCUGCAGAUUCGUAACCAGCUUAACCAGGAACAGAAUUCAAAACUGCAGCAGCAGAAGGAACUUUUAAAUAAGCGCAACAUGGAGGUGGCCAUGAUGGACAAGCGCAUCAGCGAGCUGCGCGAGCGUCUCUACGGGAAGAAAAUCCAGCUGAGCCGUGUGAAUGGCGCGUCCUCGCCGCAGUCUCCCCUGAGCACCCCCGGCAGGGUCGCUGCGGUGGGGCCUUACAUCCAGGUCCCCAGCGCUGGCAGCUACUCGGCCCCGGGGGACCCCGUGAAGCCCCAGUCUCUCACUGUUGCUUCGGGGGCCGCCCACGGAAGGCCCAAACCUGCGAGCGACGGGAACUGGCCCACACUGAAGCAAAGCGUCAGCCCUGCCGGGAGAGCCACGCAGACCGCCAGCGUGGGCCGGACGGACUCGAGCGCGGAGGGGCCCCUCCAGCAGGGCACCGUCUCCAGCCAGCCCGUGCCCUUGUCGGCUCUGGGAGCCCCGGAGAAGCUGGGCCUCGAGACGGGCAGAACGCCGCCCCCCGCUCCCGGGGCCAGCAAGCAGCUGCCUCCGAGCUACGGGACGCACCCGAGCCCUGCGCCCGUGGGCCCAGGGUCGACGAACUCCUUGGAAAGGAGAAAGGAGGGCAGCCUGCCCCGGCCCAGCGCAGGCCUGCCCGGUCGGCAGAAGCCUGGCCCGCUGCCCGCCGUGGGCAGCGCCCACCAGCCGGGCUCCUCCCAGCAGAUUCAGCAGAGGAUUUCCGUGCCUCCCAGCCCCACGUACCCGCCCGCGGGGCCGCCCGCAUUCCCGGCCGGAGAUGGCAAACCUGAACUCCCGCUGACUGUGGCCAUUAGGCCCUUUCUGGCUGAUAAGGGGUCCAGGCCACAGUCCCCCAGGAAAGGGCCCCAGACAGUGAAUUCAAGUUCCAUCUACUCUGUGUACCUCCAGCAAGCCACGCCGCCUAAGAACUACCAGCCAGCAGCGCACAGCGCCGCAAAUAAGUCAGUCAAAGCAGUGUACGGGAAGCCCGUUUUACCGUCCGGCUCCACGUCCCCGUCACCGCUGCCGUUCCUUCACGGUUCUCUUGCCACCAGCACGCCGCAGCCCCAGCUGCCAGCAGAGAGUGCCGAGAAGGAGCCCGAGCAGGACAGCCCGGCCCCUCCUGGGGACGGCGCCGCGGGCACCAUGGAGAGCCUGCCCCGGCCGCUCAGCCCCACCAAGCUCACGCCCAUUGUGCACUCGCCGCUGCGCUACCAGAGCGACGCCGACCUGGAGGCCCUGCGCAGGAAGCUGGCCAACGCGCCCCGGCCCCUGAAGAAGCGCAGCUCCAUCACGGAGCCCGAGGGCCCCGGUGGGCCCAACAUCCAGAAGCUGCUCUACCAGCGCUUCAACACGCUGGCCGGCGGCAUGGAGGGCACCCCCUUCUACCAGCCUGGCCCCUCGCAGGACUUCGCCGGCACGCCAGCCGACGUGGACAACGGGAACACCAGCGCCAACGGGAACCUGGGGGAGGCCGGCCCCGCCCAGCCCACGGUCCCUCUCCCCACCGAGCCCGCUCCCGCCUCGGACGCCAAUGACAACCAGCUCCCGUCCCCCGAGCCCGAGGGGCUCACCUGUCCCCAGACCGCCCGCCAAACGGCUGAGCCCGCGGAGGACAACAACAACAACGUGGCCACGACCCCGUCCACGGAGCUGGUCCCCAGCCCUGGGCCCGAGGCCCCGUCUCCAGGGGAGGAGCAAGUCCCUCCGUCACUUCCCCCUGCCGUGCCCCGGCCAGCAGCUUCUACGAGCAAACGGACCAACCUGAAGAAGCCUAACUCGGAGCGCACGGGCCGGGGGCUGCGUGUCCGCUUCAGCCCACUGGCGCUGCUCCUGGACGCCUCGCUGGAGGGGGAGUUCGACCUGGUGCAGAGGAUCAUCUACGAGGUGGAAGACCCCAGCAAGCCCAACGACGAAGGGAUCACCCCCCUGCACAACGCCGUGUGCGCUGGCCACCACCACAUCGUGAGGUUCCUGCUGGACUUCGGCGUCAACGUGAACGCCGCAGACAGCGAUGGCUGGACGCCGCUGCACUGCGCCGCCUCCUGCAACAGCGUCCACCUCUGCAAGCAGCUGGUGGAGAGCGGCGCUGCCAUCUUCGCCUCGACCAUCAGCGACAUAGAGACGGCCGCAGACAAGUGCGAGGAGAUGGAGGAGGGCUACAUCCAGUGCUCCCAGUUCCUGUACGGGGUGCAGGAGAAGCUGGGCGCGAUGAACAAGGGAGUGGUGUACGCCCUGUGGGACUACGAGGCCCAGAGCAGUGACGAGCUGUCCUUCCACGAAGGAGACGCCAUCACCGUCCUGAGGCGCAAGGACGAGAACGAAACCGAGUGGUGGUGGGCUCGGCUGGGGGACCGCGAGGGCUACGUGCCCAGAAACCUGCUGGGGCUGUACCCUCGGAUCAAACCCCGCCAGCGAACGCUCGCCUGAGCCUCCCGCUGGAGCAGCGCGGGGCCGGCCAUCCCCGAGGAGCCGCUGCCGGGGAGGCGGGGGCCGAGGGGCUCUCGUGGUACCCACGGCGCAGGCAGCCCCACGACGUGAGGCCCUGCAGGCUCUAGGUGAGGCUGGGUCUCCACCGUCGCCUCUGGGGACCGGACUCCGCCAGUCACUGUAAACCCAAAUAAAUGCCCAGCUUCCUGAACCGCCCCCGCUGCCCACAGAAGCCCUAGACUUAACCCCUGGUUGGUUGCCAAUGAAGACAAACGCCCUUACUGACGCGCCCCGCGGCCGCCCCAUUCUCCACGUCACUCACCCAGCAGUGAGACUGCACAGCUGCCCUGGGGUCACAGGCCCGCGGGAGCCCUGCCGUCGGCUACUGCACGUCCCAGACACCCACCGUCCCGUCCCGUCCCGUCCCCCCUGCACCCAGGUUUCCCCUCCCGUUACCAGAGGAGGCCUGUAGGGGGCCCCUGUCCAGUGGUGGUCCUGGUGCGGGGCCCCACUUCCUGUUCCGGCUGGUGGUGCUGGGCUGGACUUCCGAGUCCCCGGGCACGAGAGCCCUUCAGACCGAGUGGCCUGUGGCCAGGAGCCUCGGCGCAGCACCGUCCCCUCCUGUGCUCACAGCUGCCUUCUCCGCAGCCUCCUGCCGCCCAGGUGAUUCUUACGCUCUCGGGGCCGACGCCGUUCCGAGGGCAGGCAGACCCUGCGGCCCACGGGCCAAGGAGCCUGAGGUCGGGCAUUCGGGGUGGCACAGACAUGGGGGCUCCUGCUGCACGUCAGGAGGGGCAGCCGUGGGGCACGAGGGUGGGGCUCAGCCGCCCCGUCUGGGCCAGCCGGGACGCAGUGACCCCUGUCCCCGUUCCGUACUUAGAGCAAGGCAGGCCCCUGACGUUGGUGGUACGCUCGGGCUUUCACGCACCGGAAGUGUUUUUGACUAGACCACUCGAGGGGACCAGAGACGUCGGAGGUGUUCUUCCUCUCAACCGAGUCCAGGCCGUAGGCCGUGUGCUCCGUGUAGGAGUCUGUGCACUCGGUGUGAGCGUGUGCGCGGAGCCACGGCUGUGGUCGGCUCUCUCUCCGCACUGACCGCACGGUGGUGGCGGCCCAGCCCCCGCCCGCGCCGUGUGAGUGGGCACAAUAAACUGCUGUCUCCCCCGCG